AUGAAAGAGACUUUACUCUUGUUUUUACCCACGUUCAAGCCGACACGGAUAACAAUGGCCACCUGCCCUAAACACCUGUUCGGGAAGUACCAUCUAAAGAGUUUUAAUGGCAAAAGCGCCUUGGAGGGCGAACUGGCCGGUGUGACACUGGAGCUUGGUGAAGAAGACGGUCGUGUCACAGUACGCGCGAAGGCGGGAAAUGCGAUGAGUGGUGUGUUGAAGUAUGAAGGUGGGAUGCUCACCGGUCCCUUGAUGUCUACAAUGAUGAUGCCUCCCCCUGCUGUCUUGAAAGUAGAACGAACCCUCGUGUCCGGUUUUUCCAGCGGUAUGCAUGCGCUCCGUGAAGGCUCUUCUCUUACGCUUUCGCAUAAGACAGACACGAUGGUGUUUGAGGCCGUGGAGUAA